UUUGGAGAGAAAGCGAAAGGCGACAUAAAGCUGAUGUGUGGUUAUGUGUUACCAUGGAGUUUCCACACAUUCAUUCAUGCUUACAGCUGAGCUCAGAAAAUGAAACUCUGAAAAAGAAGCUUCACCGGUUGAAACAGGAGAAGCAGAAAAUAGAACGAAGAUUGCAUGAGUUAGAAGAGAAAUGCCGGCUAGAGAGCCUGCUGAGAGAUUAUGUGACGACACGAGAAGUUUAUGUGCAGACAGAACCCCCCAAAGCCUGGUAUAGCAGUGGGUUUGGGCUGACCAAGAAAAGAGAAGAGAAACCGGCACCUUCAAAUGAACUGGAGAAAAUGAACAAGGUUCUGUCCAUGCAUAGUCAGCUGAUGAAGAGGUAUGAAAAGGAAGUCAAGACAAACAUGACCCAUGUGGAAACAAUAAGCUCACUCAAUUACAGAAUCGUGGAACUUGAGAGAAAGAGCAAAGAAGAGGAAGAGAAAGUUAGGCAGCUUCAAACCGAAAAUGUAACACUGCAGAGAAAAGUUGACAAGUCAAGGUCAUCCAAUAAAAGACAAUUGCAUGACGAGGAACUUACAAAACUUAAAACGAAGUGUGAAAAGUAUGUUGCGCAAAACAAGAAGUUGAAAGCUGAACUUAAGGGACUUGACCCAGACUUCUUUGAUGAAGUGGAGGAUGUAAAAUUUGCAUUACGUCAGUCUGCAAAAUUGAACAAAGAAUAUGAAAGAACAUUGCGUAAACUUUGUGGGCAGUUUGCUGUGCCCUAUCCAAACCCAGAGCGAGUAUUGGAGGAUAGGUGACAGAUUUGUCCCCCAUUUUCUCAGAUGUUUAAUACUCAUUAUCAGUUCUUAUGGUACAUCCUCAAGAAUGGUGCCCUGUUUAGAGUGUACAGCAUGGCACUUUCUGAGCAAUGCUGUCUUCAGAUACCAGAGUUUGCUUGACAUUAUUCAAUUGUAAUGCUACAAUCUGUUUGUUUGCAGAAUUUAUGACAGAACUAGGAGAGCGUGUGCCACGUGCACAGUGGUGGCAUAUUCGCCCGUGGCACAUCACCAUUCAAACCAGUAUAAAAGGUGUAUGUAUACCAUACCUUGUUAGCAGAGGUUGUGCCACAACCUCAGGAAUCUUAUUCUGUGUUUGCCUUAUUCGUGGCAAAUGUUCAAGGACGCUGCUGCUGUUCGGGAGCGAUAGAUCCAAGGUCAAUCCUGGGUCGACUCACACGCAAGACCUUAAAAGUGGAAGUUGUAACUUCCUUGCUUGGCGUUCAGCGUGAAGGGGAUAGUGUAAGGACUGGUUGACCUGUACCAGUAUAAUGGCUUGGGCGGGGCGGCUUACUUGCCUUCAGUAAGUCAUCUCAGUGAUGCAGCACUAGAUAAAAGAGGGGAGGAGGAACAUGACAUGCACUAUAAGAUUCCUUCGUCGUUAUAUGACUGAAAAAUUGUUAAGUACAACGUUAAACCCCAAAAAACUUCAACAACCCUAUAGAGGUAUGGGCAUGGGUGUCACCAUAUAAACAGGGAUUCGUUUUAUUAAGAGAUUUUUCUCUUUUUCAUCAGUAUUUGUAUCUGAACACCGUGGAUCCUGUACUGUGUGGAAGGGAUUUGAGGCACAAAAACAAAAAUGUUCUCCAUGAUCCUCCUGCCUAUGAGGAGUCUUCUUACAGCACAUUUGCCUCCUUCUGUGCUUCCUGUACAUCACUGCCACCUCUAAACCAGCUUACCCAUUUGGACUUCAGCUUGUUUAGGCUUCUGGCUGCCUCUCCGGCCAUACAUGGGAAGGUCUUUCAGUAACCUACGAAUGGUUGUGGGUUUCCCGCAGGCUCUGCCCGGUUUCCUUCCACCAUGAUGGUGGCCACCAUUGUAUAAGUGAGAUAUUCUUGAGGAUGGUGUAAAGCAGCAUAUGAGUGCAGAUGAGUUCAUCAGUAAAAUUGUUACAGGUGUCUCUUAGAAUCAUUUUGCUCAUCCAUUUGACAGAGACAAUGUAUGUUUAUCAAGUAUCAAAAGAAAGAAAGCUUGAGGCAGUUUUUGUAUUUUCUGACAUCACUUCCUCCCUCAUCACUCCAGUGAACUGCACGUUGUUCAAGGCUUUGGGGCAAAAUUUGAUAAUGGUAUCAGUGGUGUAAAGGGAACUUAAGAGAGAGUGGUCUAUUCACUGUGAGGAGUAUGCUCCUUGACCUGUAAUUGGGAUCCUGCAUCAUUGCCAAUGACAGUAUUCUGUCAUCUCCAUUAAUGCUGUGGCCUUUCAUUGUUGAGAGCUUGGGUGUCUAAAGAGCCAUUCCAUGUAUGUGAGACAUUAUCCUCCAUUAGGAGUUCAAUAGUGCGACAUUUUGAACAUAUUUAGUUCGUCGGGUGCCAGAUUAAACCAGUGUGAUGGUUGGUUUCCUCUACUUGAUGUAUUUAAUGUGACCGAUCUCCAUGAUACAGGUUUUUCUUAGGCAAGCUGAGGAAUUGCUCACCAGACUACAAGCAGAGAAAGAAUUAUGUCCAAAUGUAUGCAUUUCUGAACAGCAACAUAUCACAGCUAAUCUCAUUAGGUGGAGAAAUUACAAAUGUUUGUAAGUUUAAUCAUCAAAUAAGUCAUUAGAUUUGUAACUCAUGCAGAAGCUGUAUAUUUUCUUGUGUAAUAUUAAUAACUGAGCUGGUGAAUUCCAGGCCCUGUGUAGACAGACGUUUAUGGUGUUAUAAGAUCAUGUAAUGUGACAAUUAACAUUGUUACAUUAUGGAUGGGAAGUGAUGCCGAUAGUGUAAUCUGCCUGCCUUACAAUUUGAGUAGUGAUUACGCAUUUUAUG